UAUCAUACUCUACGUUUUGUUUCCACUCUGUUUCUUCUUUUUUCAUAUUUAAUUUCUGUGAAGAUGGGGAAUUGCUCUCAAAGAGCAGCUUCCGACGCUGGUGGCUCUUCAAUCAUGGAAGAAUAUUACAGAAGUCGGAGUUGCAGGUCGUUGCCGCCAAUAAAGGAGGAGGAAACUCUAGGGUACCUUGUUAGACAAGGUACACUAAGCCCUAGAAGAGUUGGCGCGACAAUUCAAGUGUCACCGCAAAGAAGAAACGGAGUUUGGAAAGCGAAGGUGGUGAUCGGAAGUAAACAGCUGGGAGAAAUUCUUGCAGUUGAAGGCAAUACACAUGCCUUGAUUGAUCAACUUCGGAUUGCCGCUGCAGAGGCUUCAGCGUCGGAGAUAGUCGGAGGUAGAAACUUAUCAUCCCGAAAAAGCAAAGAGAGUUAUUUCUGUUAGGUUUGAUGACGGCACGCUGUUAUUUUGUUUGUUUAUGUUCUACUUUGUAUAUCAAUUGGAGGCAAAAGUGUAUAUCGUA